GACAGUUGUGAGCCCUCGUGUGUGAGAGAGACUUGGAGGUCCAAGAUGAAGAUUCUCUCGUGUGUGUUUCUGCUGCUGGUCCAGCAAGAGAUCGGGCAGGCUGUCAAACUCCUAGACGCCCCAAUCCCACUCCCAGAACCCACUCACAGAAACCCCCCAAGAAAACACCCACGGAAACUGCCCUACGCCCCUGCCCCGGCUAACCCCCCCACCUAUGCCUCCUACAACCCUUCCCCUGCCUCCCCUGCCGCCCUCACCCCUAUGGCGGCUAUGGCACGGCUGCAGGGGCUGGAAGUUAAGUGUGGACGGCAGGGGAUGAAUGUCGAGCUGGAUUUCACUCUGCCGUUUCCAGGAGUGAUCUAUUCUAAGGGGCAUUUUUCUGACCCCGCUUGUGUCUAUGUGAAGGGAGACUCCGCGCCCUCUAGGAGUUAUAAAUUCACGGUGCCCACGGGUGGAUGUGGAACGGAGGGGCAGGUGGAUGAGGUGGAGGAGGGGGAGGAGGCCUAUGUGGAGAACACCAUCAUAGUGCAAUCCGAUCCACUUAUCCAGGAGGUUUGGGAUGAGGCAAGGAGUAUAAAAUGCGUCUGGGCGACCUCCCUACAGAAGAGUGUGGAAUUCAAGCCUAUCAAAGUAUAUGAGCCGAGGAAGGUCGACGUUCAGCUUGACGCAAGAGCUAUCAACACUCUUAUGGACAUACAGAAGAAGAGGGAGGUGGGGGGGUCUUCCUCCUCCUCCUCCUCCUCCUCUUCCUCCCCGACUGGUUACGUACAUGUAGGCGACGAUGUGUCUGUUGUGAUGUACGUCCAGGACCCCAAGGUGGACGCGAACAUUCUGACCUGCAACGCGAGCACAGCGAACGGUCAACAGGUCGCUUUGACUGACCCGCGCGGCUGUCUCUUGCGACCUGACCUGCUGACGCCCUUCGCUAAGACCCGGAAGACCAAUGGAGUAGAGGCGGGGUUGAUGCUCUACUCGUAUCUGAAGGCGUUCAACAUCGGAGAGAGCCCAGAGUUUGUCAUCUCCUGUGAACUUGAAAUCUGUGAGGAAUCUUGCCCGGAGACCUGUCUUGGAGGACCCCAGAAGAAGAAGAGGAGGAGGAGGAGUAUGGAGGAGGAGGAGGUAUUGGAGGAGGAGAUCAUAAGUGUGUCUAGUUCAAGUUAUCCUUCUUCCUCCUCCUCCUCCUCCUCUUCCUCUUCCUCCUCUUCCAAGAGUGUGAAAGUCGUCUUAGAGAGAGGCGUGGUUGUGGUGGAGAAGAAGAAGAUGAAGAAGAAGAAGGAAGAGGAGGAGGAGGAGGAGGAGGAAGAGGAAGGUCACCCGUCACUCACCAGCCACAAGAAGAGGGAGAGGAAGACCGGGUGCCUCAUGGAUACCUCCCUGGCACUCCUGUUUGUGGCACUCCUGAUGAGUCUGGUGUUCUUCCUGGGAGUCCUCAGUGCCGUGCUGGGCGUGAAGGUGUUGGGACUCAGGGCGGAGUUACGGAGGAAGGGUGUGCUGUGAGGUGGAGCGAGGAGGUGGAGGGAUAGGGGAAGGUUCUUGGGUUGUGUGGAAGGAAGGAGAGGAGGAGGUGGAGGAGGGAUAGGGGAAGGUUCUUGGGUUUGUGUGGAAAAUUCUUGGUUUGAGGAAAGGAAGGAAGGAGGAGGAGG